AUGAAGCCCUUUGAAAUUUCAUUAAGCAUUAAUCCAUUAGCUUCUUCUUCUUCUUCUUCAGAUCAUACAGAUACUGAGCCUCUCAAUCUUUUCCCAAGCAUGGACCAGAAUUCUCUUCAUCCACAUUCAUCGCUAAGCAAUCUACCUAGCUGGCCUACUGUAUCAAUGGAAGAAAACCUUAAAGCAUGCAGUGAUGAUAAUGAGGAUGUCACCGUGGCCUUAAACAUUGGCCUUCCUAAUCAUUCGAGUGGUUCCAUUGAUGCAAAAACAAUGGAAACUGCAAACAGAGCAGCUAAUAAUUAUCGGAUACCUACUCCCGAACAAAUACAUAUUGGUUUCACUCAUUUUUCUUGCCAUGUCUGCCUCAAAACCUUCCACCGCUACAACAAUCUUCAGAUGCACCUAUGGGGGCAUGGAUCACAGUAUCGAAGAGGGGCAGAUUCGCUGAAGGGAAGUCAGCCACAACCCAUGUUAGGCAUUCCAUGUUAUUGUUGUGCUGAAGGGUGCAAGAACAACAUAAGCCACCCGGGAGCAAAGCCUCUAAAAGAUUUCCGAACUUUGCAAACCCAUUACAAGAGGAAGCACGGAAUGAAGCCCUUUGCAUGUCGCAAGUGUGGGAAGCUCUUGGCUGUGAAAGGUGACUGGCGAACCCACGAGAAGAAUUGUGGAAAGCGCUGGCUUUGUGUCUGCGGUUCUGACUUCAAGCAUAAGAGAUCUCUCAAAGACCACAUUAAAGCAUUUGGUUCUGGUCACAGCCCAUGUCCUCCUAUAUUUUAG